AACAACGUGUGAACAAUUUUUUUAAGGUAACUCACGUUGCAAUUCCAAAUUUCCAUGACAAUGGCAUAACAGUUUUCGGACUUGUUUUUUACAAGGAAACAGAUAUCAUCAAUAGUAAAGAUAUAUAUCCUGUUACUCGCGACAUCGAAGUUACUCAAUUAGUAGGACGUAAAGUGAUAGAAGAAUGGUUUUAUGAUCUAAUGAACCAUCCGUUAGUAUCGGAUUUUUGGUUUAAUAAUGGUCUUGUUACUUUGAUUGCAAUGUAUACUGUCAAUGAGAUUUAUCCUGAUAAUCGAAUAAUAAAUUUAUUUGUUGUUCAAAAUCAACAUACUUCUUUUUAUUUGGAUGAUUAUGAUAUGGAGAAUUCUACUUCACAAUAUGACAGUUUAUUAAAAAUUCGCCGAUCCAUCAGAGCACCCUGUAUACUGCGCAUGAUGCAACACGUUUUCACCGAUGAAAUAUUUUGGAAAGGCGUUCGCUCGUAUAGAAAUAACACUUUUACAAUUUCGCUAUUUUCCUAGAUCUGCUACUAGACUUAUUUUUACUUUCAUUACUUUUAUUAUGAAAACCGCUUUUGU